AUGGAUAACACUACGUAUUGGAUAUGGUGGGUCUUAGGCAUAAUUCACAUACUUCCACUAUUCAUAGGUUCAAACCAUUUAAUCCAUAGCAUAACCCCACAAUCUCCAAUCCAAUGCAACCAAACAAUCUGCACCCUUCAAAACUCAUACGGCACAUGGAAUGAUCGCAAAAAUUGUUAUGCUCUAAAUGUAACAUAUCCAACAACCGAAGAACAACUUCGUUUAGCAGUUUCCUAUGUUGUUCAAAACAACCUUACAGCCAAAAUUGUCACAAAAUUCUCACACACUAUCCCAAAACUCUCAUGUCCACAACAAAACAACAAUCAUGCUUAUUUUAUUAGCACAGAAAAAUAUGAUACAGAAAUACAAAUUGAUGCAACAAAUUUGACUGUAACCGUUGAUUCAGGUGUGAAACUUCGUCAAUUGAUUGAUGAAGUUGAGAAAAAUGGAUUUAGUUUGGUGGCUGCACCUUAUUGGGAAGGUGUUACAAUUGGAGGUGUUAUUAGUACUGGUUCACAUGGUAGUUCUUGGUGGGGCAAAGGUGGUGCUUUUCAUGAUCAUGUUUUUGGUAUUAGUAUUAUUGUUCCUGGUUCUAAAUCUGAAGGGUAUGCCAAAGUUUUGAGGUUGGAAUCACAUGAUCCUUUGUUUAAUGCUGCCAAAGUUUCUCUUGGAGUUUUGGGUGCCAUCUCCAAGGUAAAGCUAUCACUCGAGCAUAGGUUCAAAAGAAGCAUUGCAUUCAAUUUCACUGAUGAUAAUGAUAUUGAAAAUGUGUACAUAGAACAUGCAAAGAAGUAUGAGUUUGCAGACAUAACUUGGUAUCCAUCAAGGCACACGGCUGUUUAUAGAUACGAUGUCAGGGUUCCCUUAGAUGCCGCUGGUGAUGGAGUCUAUGAUUUCAUUGGAUUUCAAGCCAAUGAAAUAUUGGUCUCGCAGUCAGUUAGAGCAGCAGAGAAAUUGCUGGAAAACACAGGAAACACGGAAGGGAAAUGCUUAACAGCAUCCGCUACAUUGGGAUACAAGAAAUUAACAGCCAAUGGUUUGAAAAACAACGGCCUAAUCUUCACCGGUUAUCCUGUAAUUGGCUAUCAAGGCAAAAUGCAAACUUCAGGUUCAUGCUUAUAUUCAACAAGAAUAGACACAUCAUGUGCAUGGGAUCCAAGAAUCAAAGGAUUGUCCUUCUAUGAGUCAACAGCAAUUUUCCCUGCUUCAAAGUUUGGAGACUUUAUCAAUGAUGUGAAGAAACUAAGAGACAUAAAUCCACAAAAUUUUUGUGGCAUAGACAACUAUAAUGGAAUUUUGAUACGUUACAUUAAAGCCUCAGAAGCAUAUCUAGGACAAUCAGAAGACUCUGUAGUUAUUGAUUUCAACUAUUAUCGAGCAAAUGACCAAUUUACUCCUAGAUUAAACCAAGACGUGUGGGAGGAAUUGGAACAAAUUGCAUUUUUCAAGUAUGGUGCUAAGCCACAUUGGGCUAAGAAUAGGAACUUAGCAAUUUCAAAUGUGCAACAUAAAUAUCCAAAGUUUAAUCUUUUUAUUGAAGCUAAAAACCAAAUGGAUACGCAAAAUGUGUUCUCUGGUGAUUGGUCAGAUGAGAUUUUGUAUGGGAAGGAAUUAGUAAAAUUUGAUGGCUGUGCUUUGGAAGGACAAUGUAUUUGUUCUGAAGAUAGACAUUGUAGUCCUCAAAAAGGGUAUUAUUGUAGUCAUGGACUUGUCUACAAGGAAGCUAGAGUUUGUAGGUCUUCAUCAACAUUUGUGUAUCCUGAUUCACUCUAAUGAAUAAUGAUGUAUUUGAGCAGUUUGACGCAGUUGAAUAAA